UAUAAUAUUGGCACCAACACAACAGGUCGAAACCCUAAUCUUCGCCUCCGCCCUACGUAGACCGACCUUUCUCUCUCUCUCUCUCUAUCGUCAAUUCUUUGUCUAUAUGUUCGACCCAUUCACCAUUGAGCCUCCAAUGCAAAGCUUUGCCAUUUGAUAUUUCUUGAUCUUGCCCGGAUCAGGAAGUAUCAUCGUAACAGGUUCGUCACGGUCUUAGUGCUUCCGUCGAUAAUCGGAUUGUUGUCGUUGUUGUUGUUGUUGUUGUCGUCGUCGUCGUCGUCAAAGCGGCUCCGUGUGUUUCUAGAGAUGCCGCUUUUGCCUAAAAGCGAUCCGAUUCAAAUCCGGGAGGUUUGGAAUGACAAUCUGGAGGAAGAGUUUGCUUUGAUUCGGGAAAUUGUCGACAAUUUCCCGUAUGUUGCCAUGGACACGGAGUUCCCGGGGAUUGUUCUGCGUCCCGUGGGUAGCUUCAAGAACAAUAGCGAUUAUCAUUACCAGACUUUGAAGGACAACGUAGAUAUGUUGAAAUUGAUUCAGUUAGGCCUUACCUUUUCCGAUGAGCAAGGGAAUUUGCCGACCUGUGGCACUGACAAGUGUUGCAUUUGGCAGUUCAAUUUCCGCGAGUUCAAUGUUAACGAGGAUGUUUAUGCAAACGACUCGAUUGAGCUUUUACGCCAGAGUGGAAUUGAUUUCAACAGACACAAUGAGAGGGGUAUUGAUGCAAAGCGCUUCGGGGAGCUAUUAAUGUCGUCUGGCAUAGUCUUGAAUGAUAGUGUUUAUUGGGUCACGUUCCACAGCGGUUAUGAUUUUGGGUACUUGCUUAAGUUAUUGACUUGUCAAAAUUUGCCCGAGACUCAAGCUGGUUUCUUUGCUCUGAUCAAUAUGUACUUUCCUGUCAUUUAUGACAUUAAGCAUCUCAUGAAGUUCUGCAAUAGCCUUCAUGGUGGAUUGAACAAGCUUGCGGAAUUAUUGGAAGUUGAGAGAAUUGGUGUUUGUCACCAGGCUGGUUCAGAUAGCUUGCUCACAUCUUGUACAUUCAGGAAGUUGAAAGAGAAUUUCUUCAGCGGCUCACUUGAGAAGUAUGCUGGUGUUCUGUAUGGUCUAUGUGUUGAAAAUGGACACAGUACUCACUGAAAAAAAUAAUAAUAAAAAGUAAGAACAAUGAAUGAUACCGGUUUGUUGAACUAAAUGUGUGUGCGUCUUGACACUCACAUUUCUAUGUACACUUUUGGCAAGAUCUUAAUUAAGUAUUCCCCCUUCUGAUAAA